CCGCGGAAGUCAAUUGCAGUAUCGCAUAGUAAACGUCCUAGAACGACCGUUUCAGUAGACGCCAAGAAACCUGCAUCACACGUCGUUCACUUGAAGGUUCGUCAAGCGUGCCAGUAUGAGCAAGAUGCAACUCAAGACGGCCAUGAAGCUCUUCGUCCUGCUGGCGUUCAUGACCUCGUUUGCUGUAGUGUCCGGAGAUCUAGAACCGAGAUGCAGCCUGCCUAAGGACACUGGACCGUGCAGAGGUUACCAGCGAAGAUACUACUACAGUGAAAAGGACAACCAAUGCCUUCUGUUCAUCUACGGAGGUUGCAAGGGCAACGCAAACAACUUCAAAACUUUGGAAGAGUGUGGGCAAGCAUGCGGAUAGACAGACAGCCUGCAAGGAUGGACGGUGCCAAACUUGUUUGCAUCAAAGAAGCAGGAGUCGUCGAGCUUUUCUUCGACCCAUCGCAGACCCUCAGAAGAUCACCUUGUUCUUUCUAAGCCUUUUUACGCCGUCAACGAUUUUCUUUCAAACGAAACGUUUCUUCGCUGAAUAAAAUGCUUACUUGUCUUUC